GGGACAUAGAUUCUAUAUCCUUAUUUUUAAAUCAUAACUCCAAGAUAAAGUUAAAAUAUAUGUUAAACGAAGAUGUAAAUCUGUGUGUAUGUUUUACUGCAAUAAAGUACAAGAAUAGAUUAGUUUAACUAGUUUAAAGGAAUAAAAUGUUAGUACUGAUAUAGUGUUAUGCAACAUGACUUCAAUGAUAACGGAAUUUACCAGCGUAGACUCCAUUGUAGACAAGUUCACCAACGCUGUACUGAAACAGCCGGUGAAAGGCGAGGACGUUGUUGACAGGCUGCACCAUUUCGUCACAGUCGGUCUCAUGAUCGUGUUCGCCAUUGGCAUCGGUCUACAGGAGUACGUCGGUAAGCCAAUCAGCUGUUGGGCGCCCAAAGGUUUUCCUGAGGACAGUUACAGAGAACACAUCAACAGCUACUGCUGGACGCACAAGCUACGCUACCCGCAGUACGAGAGGGAGGGGGGAAUCAAUGACACCCAAGCCUUUGGAGGUGUCUUGGACCCAUCACGCCCAGCCCCAUUGGUAGACUUUGGCACCGCAUUCUUCAGAUGGGCUACACUCAUCUUUAUUUUACAAGCUUUUCUGUUUAAACUCCCGAACUUUAUUUGGUGUCACCUCAGCUCAGCGUCCAACGCGGACAUUCAGAAAAUCCAAACCCUGGUCCAAGAGUCUCAGAACGCUGCCGACGACAACUCCAGGAAGCUCAAGAAAGACGAGGUCGUGGCGUACUUCGAGAACUGGAUCACCGGACACCGGAACUACCGGUUCAAAUUUGCCGGAAAACACUCAGCUAAACUUCUGUCGAUUUUAUUCUGUCUUGAAAAACAGUCAGGGAGUUAUCUCUCAUCGUUGUAUAUUUGCUACAAGUGUUUAAAUAUCGUGAACGUUGUUGGGAAUUUCGGGAUAAUGACAGUGCUUUUGGAUGUGAAUUUUUGGAAGUACGGUCUGGUCGUGUUGAAUAGUGUGUUUACAUACGGGGACUGGCAGGAUUCGAACAAUUUCCCGCGUCUUCUGUUGUGUGAUUUCGUCGUGGAAGGAAGCACUGGAUCAAACCCCAGCGGGGGUAGUUCGACACCAGCCGAGUAUAAAAUUCAGUGCACAAUGGCGUUGAAUCUUCUGCUAGAGAAGGUUUUUGUCGUAGAGUAUUUCUGGUUGUUGUUUUUAUUCAUCGUCACUUUUGUAAACAUGGUGAUCUGGGCGGUGAAAACGAAACCCCCAUGCUCGACUAUACUUUUCAGUAAAACGUUUAUGAAAACCGUCCAAUCAUACCCAUCUUUAGAGAUCGGCAUCGCCAUGAUGGCUUUUAAACCAACCAAUGAAAACGCGUGUAAGAACGUUCAAAAAGAUUUCAUCGAAAACUAUCUCAAAAGCGACGGAGUUUUAGUGUUACGUUUGUUAGAACAAAACUCGGAUAAAAUGUUGCUGUCGGAAGUUGUAUGUGCAUUAUGGGAUAGAUACCGAGCAGUUCAAAAAUAUAAAGACAACUCGAAUAUGACGAUAUGUGACGAAACGAAAUUGGAUUCUGUGGGGGUAGUAGCAGUACCGGAACAUCAAGAAAAAUUGGAAGUUAAUGAAUAAAAUAUUUGUUUUUAUAAAACUGGAAUAAAUCUAAAAACUUUUUA